AAGAAGCAUGAGAGGAAAGAGCCCCUGGGGGCGGGGCAGGACUAUAAAAAACCAGAUUGACUUAAGACAUCGGCAGACAUGCAGCAGCAGGCAGAGGAGAGCGGGCAGCUGUGACAACCUCAGAACAAAGGCUCUGCUCAGGUCCGGGGUCAACCUUGGUGCCGUUCUUCAGGUGCUCUCUGCUGUGCUUCUUGAGACAGAGUCUCUCAUCUUCGUGCUCACCAAGCAGGCUGGGUUGGCCAGAGCCCCAGAGAGCUGCCUGUCUCUGCCUCCAGCACAGGGAUUGCAGGAACACGCCACCGCACCCUCCUGCCUCAAUGGAUUACACGUUGGAGCCCAAUGUGACGAUGACGGACUACUACCCUGACUUCGCCCAGCCCUGUGACACGGAGCUCAUCCUCAGGGGCAGCAGGUUGCCACUUGCCCUCUUCUACUGCAUCUUGUUUGUACUGGGCCUUCUGGGAAACAGCCUGGUCAUCCUGGUCCUUGUGGCCUGCAAGAAGCUGAGGAGUAUCACGGACAUCUACCUCCUGAACCUGGCCGUUUCCGACCUGCUCUUUGUCUUCUCGUUCCCGUUUCAGACUCACUACCUGCUGGACCAGUGGGUGUUUGGGACAGUCAUGUGUAAAGUGGUCUCCGGCUUUUAUUAUAUGGGCUUUUUCAGCAGCAUGUUCUUCAUCACCCUCAUGAGCGUGGACAGGUACCUGGCUAUUGUCCACGCUGUCUAUGCCAUCAAAGUGAGGACGGCCCAAGUGGGCACAGCCCUGAGCCUGGCGGUGUGGCUGACGGCCGUCGCGGCCACCAUCCCGCUGCUGGUGUUUUAUCAAGUGGCCGCCGAGGAUGGUAUUCUACAAUGCUUCCCGUUUUAUGACAAUCAGUCUUUGAAGUGGAAGCUCUCUGCUCACUUUGAAGUGAACACCUUGGGCCUGCUGCUCCCCUUCACCAUCCUUCUCUUCUGCUACAUCAGGAUCCUGCAGCAGCUGCGGGGCUGCCAGAACCACAGCCGAACCAGGGCCGUCAUGCUGGUGCUCACUGUAGUCAUCGCAUCUUUGCUCUUCUGGGUCCCCUUCAACGUGGUCCUCUUCCUCACGUCCCUGCACGACAUGCAAGUCUUGGAUGGCUGUGCCAUGAGCCAGAAGCUGGCUCUGGCUACCCACGUCACAGAGGUCAUCUCUUUCACACACUGCUGCGUGAACCCUGUCAUCUAUGCCUUCAUAGGCGAGAAGUUCAAGAACUACCUCGUGAAGGUGUUUCCAAAAGGUUGCAGCCACCUCUUCUUCUACCUAGGGAAACAGAUGCCUGCGGGGGCGUGGGGUACGCACUCUUCCAUAGGGAGACAGAUGCCUGCGGGGGCGUGGGAUACGCGUUCUUCUCACUCCUCCACCCUGGACUACAUUUUGUAGGAGGGCAUGCACAAGUUGUGCCUCCGCCACUCUCCCCACCCCACCCCCGCUUCCCCUCCUCCCACUUCCCCUGGUUUACCGAGACAGAGUCGCACGCACUUUGUAGCCCAGCCUGGCUUUGAACUCUCAAUCCUUCUGUCUCUGCCUGCUAAAUGCAAGCACCAUCCUUUUUUGUUUGUUUGUU